CGGGGCAGGUAGCGGUGGCCGCGGCGGGGCCUGGGGCCUGGGGCCUGGAGCCCGGGCCUGGGGCGCUGGCGGGAGGCCCCUCCCAACCCUCGGCGCGCCUCGCCCGGCUGCCCGCCUCACUGAAGGUCAGGGCGCUUUGUUCUGCGCCGCGGGCGGCCUUCUGGGCGGCGGCCCCGCGGAGGAGGCGAAGACGGCGAGAGGCGGCGGCCGCUCAAAUCUCCCGCUAGCCCGGCCCGCCCCGCGUGCGGGGGCUGUGGCGGUUACACGGCCGGGCGCGCCGGAGCGUUCAGGCUUCCCGUUUUUAAGGCAUCCACGGUAAAAAGCUGAUAUUACUUAGUUUGAUUCUUCGACCACUAUGGUGAUAGGAAGUAGCUGAUCUCUGCAGGAAACUGCUGUUACCCGGCCUCAGCUGAAUUUUUGUGGGACCUCUUAAGGGGAUAAAAACAUUCAGAUGGCAGAUCACAGUUUUUCAGAUGGGGUUCCUUCAGAUUCCGUGGAAGCUGCUAAAAAUGCAAGUAACACAGAAAAGCUCACAGAUCAGGUGAUGCAGAAUCCUCGAGUUCUGGCAGCUUUACAGGAGCGACUUGACAAUGUCCCUCAUACCCCUUCCAGCUACAUCGAAACUUUACCUAAAGCAGUAAAAAGAAGAAUUAAUGCAUUGAAACAACUUCAGGUGAGAUGUGCUCACAUAGAAGCCAAGUUCUAUGAAGAGGUACAUGACUUGGAAAGAAAGUAUGCAGCACUAUACCAGCCUCUCUUUGACAAGAGAAGAGAAUUUAUCACUGGUGAUGUUGAACCAACAGAUGCGGAAUCGGAAUGGCACAGUGAAAAUGAAGAGGAAGAGAAAUUGGCUGGAGACAUGAAAAAUAAAGUAGUCGUAACAGAAAAAGAAGCAGCAACAGCUGAAGAGCCAAAUCCCAAAGGAAUUCCAGAGUUCUGGUUUACCAUCUUUAGAAACGUAGAUAUGCUAAGUGAAUUAGUCCAGGAAUAUGAUGAACCAAUCUUGAAACACCUGCAGGAUAUUAAAGUGAAAUUUUCUGACCCCGGACAGCCUAUGUCUUUUGUGUUAGAGUUCCACUUUGAACCCAACGACUACUUUUCCAACUCAGUCCUGACAAAAACCUACAAGAUGAAAUCAGAACCAGAUAAGGCUGAUCCCUUUUCCUUUGAAGGUCCUGAGAUUGUGGACUGUGACGGGUGUACUAUUGACUGGAAGAAAGGAAAGAAUGUUACUGUCAAAACCAUCAAGAAAAAGCAGAAGCAUAAGGGUCGAGGCACUGUUAGAACAAUUACGAAACAAGUACCCAAUGAGUCCUUUUUCAACUUCUUCAAUCCAUUGAAAGCAUCCGGGGAUGGAGAAUCACUGGAUGAAGAUUCUGAAUUCACACUAGCCUCUGAUUUUGAAAUUGGACACUUUUUCCGAGAGCGGAUAGUCCCGCGGGCUGUGCUGUACUUCACUGGGGAGGCUAUAGAAGAUGAUGACAAUUUUGAAGAAGGUGAAGAAGGAGAAGAGGAGGAAUUAGAAGGUGACGAGGAGGGAGAAGACGAGGAUGAUGCGGAAAUUAACCCCAAGAAGGAACCCAGCCAGCCGGCGGAAUGCAAGCAGCAGUAGGAAGCGGAGGCGGGUGCCUGGCAGACCGGCUGUCGGGACUCCAGGCCUGUGGGCGGGGCCUCGGUCCUUGCCGCCGCACAACCCCGUGGACAGAGCUGACUCCAUCUAACUCGUUUCCAAGUGCAUGAUUUUCACUUUCACUUUUCCUUUUUCCUUAUUAUUUUGCUUAACUUGUAAAGUGGCAACUGAAAUGCAUUUCAGAAAUAGGAGGUUUCGUCCAGCACCCUCUGCAGCCGUGGUGCCUGUAGCUCUGGACUUGCCUGGGCCUUUCCCUGUGGGGAGGGCCCUGUAGACCACAUCAGGGUGGGGUGGGGGUCACUUGGCAAAAAGGGCCGAGGUCUGGUGAUGUGGUUCCCAGGAUCUAGAACCUCUCCCACCCCUCCUGCAGUUGGACUGAAUUCUUCCCUUUGAUCCGAAGAAACCCACUUGCUGUUUCCAGCCGCUUAAUCUGCUGAGUGUGCAGCCUGCGUCACCUGUUGUAUGCUAAUCAUCUCAGAAGGGCUGUGUAGAGUAGGGCUGUGUUCUCCUUAGGAUGUUGCUUCUUGAUUUUUUUUUUUUAGGGGUGGGUCAGGGUUGUGACACACCAGCCCAGGCGAGAGCUGCUGUAGGUCACCUCAUAUUUAUUUAUCCCUUCUUGCCUGUGGGGACUGCGGCUUUUCGCUGUCGCUCGUCCUUAACAUUUCUGAACCACCUGGGUGACCUGAGCAGGAAGACGUGCCACUUCCUAGCAGGAGCAAGGCCUGUGCGGAAGAAACACUGCUCCCUGCCACCAGGGCUGAAGAUGCGAGCCCGUCCUCAUGACGCAGGCGCCACCCUGCUGCCGGAGCCGGGCUUCGGCAGCCGCCUUCAGUGAGGGACUGGGCUGGGAAGUCCUGCGUUUCAGUUGAGCAUAUGAGCAUCAAGUCCUGCUUUCUCAGUAGCCCCAUUGCUGGGCCCCACCAUUCAUCCUGCCUGAAGGUCCUGGGUUUGGUGUGACCGCUUAGCGGCUGGUGAGUGGGGUUUUCAAGUGGGUGACGGCGCUCUCCGGCAGCCGGGGAUGGCCGUGUCCGCACUGAUCAAGCCUGUGGAGAGUGCUCAGCCUAACCUUAGAACACAUUUGUAACUGAAUACAGUGUUUUCAAUUUGUACAGAAUAGUUAGAAUAUUCUAUUAAAGUUGUGAAACAUUGAGUCA